UGCUUGAGGAUCUCUCAUCGCGACCAUGAGUUGGGAAAGGACUAGCAGCCACCAACGACUAUACUCUAUUAGUCUGCCGGGAACAGAUCGUUAUGGUUGCUCCACGCCCCUUCUGAGAAACAAGGAGGAUGGUCAAGCAACAUGAAGCGAGAGGAGUUUACGCAUGAUGUGUGUCUGCUGACCUCAGUCCCCUUAGCCUCUUUCUCGGAUCUGAGAGCCGGUCUUAUCAGCCGAGAAAGGAAGCUCAGGGGUCAAGUAGUUAGCAGUCUUUCUUCGCCGCUUUUCCUUUUCUCUGUGUUUUUACUGUUUGCUUCGUUCAUCCUCGAUUGUAUCCCGCUCGGGUCGAACAUCCCACUCCCGCCCCUCUGCCUGAGGUUUCUUUUCAAACAUGCUUCUGCUUCUUUUCCUCCUCUGACAUACCCAUCUUCGUAUGUUUGUUCUAUCUUUGGUGUAUACAUAGUGCCCCCAUUCCAUCUAUCUAUCUAUUUUUGUUUCUUUCCUUCUAUCUAUUCAUCAAUCUAUCUCUGUCUGCUGUUUUUCAUGAUUCUAUCAUGUGCUCGCGAAAUAUCCACUUCCUUGCAUUGUCUCGGAUCUCUCCUCGAACAGUCCCCGCGUGUGAUAUGCACCGUUUAGUAUGCAGAUAGAAUCCGAAUAUAGAAUAAUCAGUCAAAGGAGGAUUGCAAGAUGAAUUUUGAUUAUA